AUGUUUCGUAAAGGACGUGGCGUUUUUGAACUCAAGAAUGAUGAAGUCCUACAGAUUUUGAUGGGUGACAAUAGUGACGAAGAAGACGAUUUACAACUGGACGAAGAAGAUCAAAGGAUUUUGACGCAGGAUGAUGAUCAAGGGGUCUCUGACGUUGAAAUUGAAGAUACUCCAGUUCCACCUCAGGAAUCAGUAAGUCUGCCACCUGAACCAACAUCGUCUACAGCUGUUUUACCCGUCAACGGAGCACACAGUAAUCAAGAACCACUUUUCAAGUGGAAUCAGAGCACAUCCGUGCCAAAUACUUUUAUUAAUUAUCAAGAAGUUGAUGCUGAUGUAUUGACUCCCUUUGACAUAUUUUGUUCAACUACAAAUUUUUAUAUUUUAGUUCAAAAUAUAGUACAGGAGUCAGUACGUUACGCUCAUUAA